AAGUGCAGUGUUUAAGAGGCAUAAACCACGACGGUUCGUCUCCUUUAAUGCGGCACAGUGCGGGGAACGUAUUUCCCUCUCCCCUUCUUUCUCUGCAAAUCUCAAAACCCUUGCAUAGCACCUGAAAAUGGAUGACGAUGAGAGAGAGAGGUUACUGGAGAGGGAGAGAUUGCAAAUCCAGAUGAUUCGCCAGCUCGAUCUCGAGCACCUUGAAGUUGAAGAAGUCGAUUACUCCGAUGAAGACGAAGACGCCGACAACGAGGUCGAUCAGGAUUAUGCGAUUUGGCUUUCACAAUUAACUUCGUCCGGUUCUCCUCACUCUUCUGCUGAAUUCACUUUCGACACCUAUAUCACGCCGUUGCAUACCUAUCUCGGAGAUGUCGAAGACACGCGUCACAGGACUGCGUUUUUGGACGGUGGAGCUGUAUUGAACAUUCCGCUCUUUUGUCUCCGAGGAGUCGUACUCUUUCCUGGGGCUACACUUCCCCUUAGAGUUAUUGAACCUCGUUUGGUGGCUGCUGUGGAGAGAGCUCUAACUCAAGAUGAUGUUCCUCAUACCAUUGCUGUGAUUCGAAUCCACAGGGAUACUGCAACACGUAGGACGAAAUCAGCAAGCGUUGGGACAACUGCAGAGAUUCGACAAUUUGGGCGUCUGGGGGACGGUUCGCUGAAUGUAGUUACCCGUGGACAACAACGAUUUCGCCUAAGACGGUCCUGGAAUGAUGUGGAAGGAGUGCCUUAUGGAGAGAUCCAAAUUAUUGAGGAAGAUCUUCCAGUGAGAAUUCCAAGAGAUGCUUUUGGCAAAUUAGCACCAUUGAGUAACAUGCCCUGUAGUCAAGCUGUCUCACAUACGGUGUCUUCACCAUAUUCUCAUGCUAAAAUGCAAAGGUCAAAAGAUAAGGAAAGUGAUUCAGAACCAAAUUCAGAUGACAGUUUUGAGAAUGAACUCUCACCGGUGGAAAGGAAAAUCCAUCUAUCAGUUGUUGGCUCCAGUUACGUAGAUGAUACAAUGGAUGAAUCAGCAAACAGCUGCAACCCUAAAUUCAUGUGUAAGUCAGAUCAGGAAAUUAGAUCCAAUCUGGAUUCAAGGACUGGGAAUUGUUCCACUUCUGGAAAGCAGUCAUGGAAUGAAGAGCUUAAUAGAUGUAAAAACAUAUGUGCCUACACAUCUCAUAAAAUUUCAAAAGCAUUUUGGCCCCACUGGACAUAUCGGAUGUUUGACUCUUAUUUGCUGGCACAAAGGGCUGCAGAUAUGUGGAAGCGAAUAGUUGGGGUGCCUAACAUGGAAAGUCUCGUUAAGAAGCCUGAUGUUUUAUCAUUUCACAUUGCUAGUAAAAUACCUGUGUCUGAGUCUACAAGGCAGGAGCUUUUGGAUAUAGAUGGCAUUGCAUACAGAUUGCGUAGGGAAAUUGAAUUACUAGAGAGCAUUGAUCUUAUCCGGUGUAAAAGCUGUGAGACUACGAUUGCAAAACGAAGUGAUAUGUUGGUGAUGUCGAGUGAGGGUCCUCUUAGUGCUUAUGUGAAUCCAGGUGGUUAUGUGCAUGAGAUAAUGACUCUUUACAAGGCAAAUGGUUUAUCUCUUCUUGGACCAGCAGUAGCUGAAUACAGUUGGUUUCCUGGGUAUGCAUGGACAAUUGCUAUUUGUGCUACAUGUAAAACCCAAAUGGGGUGGCUUUUCACUGCCAGGAGCCAAAAACUAAAACCCAGCACUUUCUGGGGAAUUCGGAGCUGUCAACUUGCAGAAGAAAAAACGCGAAAACCUAUAGUUUGAUAGUUAUGCAAUCAUCUCUCAAUGAAAAACCAUGUUCAAGUAACUCGGCAUGGCUAAUGUAUAUAAUGCAGCUUUGUUGUAGCACUGCGCAUGUUGAUAUUACGUAUAUUAGAAAGUAUAUGUUUGUAAGGGCUUGGAAGAAAUAAAGUGACACAUUAAGUAAUUUUAAAUGAGAAUCAUUGAGAACUA